GUCCCAUUUGACAUUGAAUCAUGGCAAGAUCCUGCGACAUCUGUAAAGAGGACGUGUCAGUUUUCCCAAAUCUGAUCAUUCCCUGCGACAGUUGCCAAAAACGUUACCAUGGAGACUGUCACAAACCAUUUAUUCCAUUUUCACGGAUUUGCCAAAAGGAGAGGUGGAGUUGCCAGAUCUGCAGGACCCGAAAGGUGGAACAGACGAGCCGACAAAGAUCUACACUCAAAUUACAACCAGUAUCGAAUGGAUUACAUCGCCAUGAAAACAUAUCUGUUCACCAAAGACAUGUCUCAAAAGGAACAAAUAUAAAUCAUCGUGAUCAGAAUACUCAAUCUAGUAGCAUGCUUAACUGCCUUGAGCGUCACACCGUUAAUCAAAGGAGCAAUGAGACUGACUCAGAGUUGUCAUGUACCAGUGUGACUAUUAAUACAACAAUGCAAGCAGAUAAGCACAAGAGUACAGGUAUUUCAAAUAAAUGUAUUACUGAUGUAUUACUCAAUGAAAAUUCAAUAUUGAAUAGUUCAUGUGAUAUAUAUAAAAUUAAUGAUGGCAGUAUGACCUCACAUAUCCAAGGGAGUGGAGUAAAGGAGGAAAAAUCCCAUGGUGCAGAGAAGACUAGAGUCAGUGAUAACACAAAUAGAGGAACUGUUUAUACACAAUGUGAUAAAGGUAUUAUAAAGGAUGUUAAAGGGGAUGCUGAUGGAAUCUUACCCGCUGGAAAUGUCAUCGCAAAAACUAUAGUACACUUAGAAGAGCAGAAAUUAGAAAAACAACCGACUGAUGUUGUCAGUAUGUCGGAGAAUUUAUGUGUAGUUAUGGAAAAACCUAGCAUGAAGAAAACUAAAUCUAAAACUCUAAUUAACACCAAGGCAAUAGAAAACUUAGAUCAAGGUCGAGUGUCAGAAGGGAGCAGUCUUGAGACAGGAUCUGUUUUUAAUAUUUCUGAGAGGGGAGACAUUGAUGUGACAGUAACUGAUCAAAGUAUAUCUGGGAAAAAGAGACACAUUGAUGAAGCAAUAUCAGAUGAGAAGAGACACAUUGCUGAGAAAUACUCUGAAGGGAAGAGACAUAUAGAUGGGACAAUAUCUGAAAAGAGACAAUUUAAUGAGAAAAUAUCUGAGGGGAAGAGACACAUUGAUGGGACAAUAUCUUAUCAACAUAUAACUGAAGGGAAGAGACACAUUGAUGAGACAAUACCGAAAGGGAAGAGACACAUUGAUGAGACAACAUCUGAUGGGAGGAGACACAUUGCUGGGACAAUAUCUUAUCAAAAUAUAUCUGAAGGGAAAGGACACAUUGAUGAAGCAAUAUCUGAGGGAAAGAGACACAACAAUGAUUCAGCAUCAGAGAAGAGAUAUAUCGAUCAAACAUCUAAUCAGAAGAUAGUUGAAAGGAAAAGAUAUGACAAUCAAACAAAUCAGAAGGUAUUUGAAAGGAGAAGACAAAGCGUUGAAGUUGUUUAUCCUCAGAAGGUAUCAAAACAAAGAAGACACAGUGUUGGAACCAUACGCGAUCAGCAGAUAUCUGAAAAAAGAUGCCUCAAUGAUACAAUAUAUGAUCGCAUCAAGAAUAAGAAAAGA